AUAUUCUAUGCUAUGAUUAGACAUGACACAUGAGUGAAUUCAAGAAAUUGUAACAGAUUAAAUAUUAUUAUUAUUCCGUAAAGCAACUGAAGAAUAUCGAAUAAUGGAGCCAAUUCAACAAAUUGAUAUUCCCAUAUCUCCAGAAAUAAUAUUUGAAGAAGACAUCAUGGUUGGGUGUUACAUCGAAUUGAAAGAAGAAAAUUCUUACGAAGAACUGUAUGAAAGUGAAAUGAUUAAUUGUUAUCAGGAAGAUACUGAACCUGAUAUUAAAGAAGUGAAAGUCGAGGAUAUUGAAAUCGAAGAACAAUUUGUUGAUGGAUGUGGAUUUUAUGGUGAAAAUCAAUACGUCCCUAAGGAUGAAUGUGAUCAUUUAAUUGACUCAAUGAAACAGGAUGAUGAAGAGAUAUUAGUUCCAAAACUGGAAAGUGAGCCUAACGAGGAACAAGUGAAUGUUGAUAAUUGUCUAAUUAAUGAAGAAUCAGCCCAAUUAAUUUCUACUCAACUGAAGGAAUAUAAGUGUCACUUGUGUGAUUAUUCCACAAAAAGGAAAACUGGUAUUAAAAGACAUAUAGACAGAAUUCAUUCUGAACCUAAGCAGCACAUUUGUCACUUAUGUAAUUUUGGGGCAAAAAAGGAAGUUACUCUGAAAAAACAUCUGAAAUCUGUUCAUUCUAAUUCUAAAAAGGCCCCGAAGCAUAAGAAAACUGCACUGAAUCUUUCAAAAGAUCACAAGUGCCACUUAUGUGAUUUUGCAACUCAUCGUAAAGACAACCUCAAAUACCAUAUAGAUUCACUUCAUUUGAAUUUGAAGAUGAACCGGUGUCAUUUAUGUGAGUAUUCUUCAAAUGCAAAAGCAGAACUUAAGAGGCAUAUUGAUUUCGUACAUUUAGAUAAAAGGAGGCACAAGUGCCACUUAUGUGACUAUGUUGUGAAUAAGAAGAGUAAGCUGAAACGACAUAUCGAUACUGUUCAUUUAAAUAUGAAGCAAUUGAAAUGCCAUCUCUGUGAGUAUUCCACGAAUCAGAAUAGUUACCUUCAACAUCAUAUAGAAUUUACCCAUUUGAAUAUGAAUCCACAUAAGUGUCACUUGUGUGAAUUUUCGACAAAUUGGAAAAAUGUUCUUAAAAGACAUAUAGAGUCUUUUCAUUUCAAAGAGAAGCAUCACGAAUGUCAUUUAUGUGAUUUCACUUCACAUCGGAGAGAAAACCUCAAAAUACAUAUUAAUUCUAUCCAUUUGAACCUCAGACAAUUCAAGUGUCAUAUUUGCGAUUAUUCCACAAAUCAGAAGUUCACUCUGAAAUUUCAUUUGAAUCAUGUUCAUUUGAAUACGAAAACUUUCAACUGCCAUAUGUGUGAUUAUAGUUCAGAUAGGAAAAGUUUCCUGAAAAACCAUGUAGACAGUGUCCAUGUAGAACAAAUGGAUGUGAAAUAAAUGUUGGUUUGGGUGAUAACUUAAACAUCUUAUGUAAAGAGAAUUGUAUAAUAUUGAA